CCCCCUUUUUCUCCUCCCAUCUCAAUCCCAACGGAAAGCACUUACCCCUCAAAUAGCAGAUCUUUUCUCAGGAGGUAGAGCGAGCGAGCGAGCAAUGGACGUCAGGAUGUUCGGACUGGAGAACCCUCUGUUUUCGACGCUGCAGCACUUGAUGGACGCCCCGGAGGAGAUGGAGAAGGCCUUCAACGCCCCCACCCGCACCUACGUCCUCGACGCCAAGGCCAUGGCCUCCACCCCGGCCGACGUCAAGGAGCUGCCGUCCUCCUACGUCUUCGUCAUCGAUAUGCCCGGGGUCAAGUCCGGCGAGAUCAAGGUCCAGGUGGAGGAAGACAACAUGCUCACCAUCAGCGGCGAGCGCAAGCGCGACGACGACAAGGAGGGCAAGUACCUCCGCAUGGAACGCCGCGUGGGCAAGUUCAUGCGCAAGUUCGCCCUCCCGGACAACGCCAACACCGACGCCAUAUCGGCCGUGUGCCAGGAUGGUGUCCUUACCGUCACCAUCCAGAAGCUGCCGCCGCCGGAGCCCAAGAAGCCCAAGACCAUCGAGGUCAAGAUCGCCUGAGCUAAAUCAAUAAGACGACCGACCUAGCUACAUACUAUUUGUGUGAUGUUUUCCCGCCGCCCCCAAUGUUGCUUCUGUUUCAAGAGUGCCGGUGUCCGAGUCCUUCUCAUCUCCGUGCAUGUUAUGUUGCGAGUAUGCGAGUCCUCUUUGGUUAGUUUGUGGUGUCCAUGAUCGUAGAAAUGAAAUGGCUUUUAUGGUUGGUUGAUGACCAGUACUAA